AUGACUACUGCUCUCAUUAUUAUUAUUACUUACGCUGGUUCCACUAUCCAGACACAUUCUGUCACUGUCCAUUCACCAUCUGAAACUAUUUUCAAAAACCUAUCUAUUCGAUAUCCAAGUACACUUUCAUGUCGAUGUACAGAAACAUCGAUUCAUCAUCAUAAAUUUCUUUCGUUUGAUCCACAAUAUCAUCCAAUAUGUACAAGUCAAUUUCUUAAUCAUUCAUUUAUUUCAGCUUUAUCUAAGAUAAACAUCGGUGACUAUUAUAGGUUAGAUUAUCGCAUUAUAGUGUCAUCUCAUUUCCAGCUACUUGCACUACUUUGUGAAACAAUAAAACAAAUGAUGGAUGAUUCAUUAUUUGUUUUUAAUUCUAAACGCAUUAUGACCACUCAAGUUUUGUCCAUUGAAAAAUUUGAUGCUCAGAUAAAUCAACUCGUAAAACAGCUAAAAUCAACAAUAAUAGCUGAUAUGAAACAUACAAGUGACCAUCUUGAAUUAAUUAUUUUUCAAAAUGGCAUUUAUUCAGCAUUACGUACGAACUAUCUUAUUCAAUAUAAUCCUGAUUCUGAUAUAUACAGUCACUUUCCAAAUGAAUACAACAGUUUGAGUGCUAAUUGCUCUUGUAUAAGAAACGCUACUUGUAUGAUACAAGCUGAAUUUUACUAUUUUAAUGGAUACUCAAGACACAAUUUUUCAACUGCAGAUGAACCUGUGUAUAUUGCUACUGCAAGCCGACUAUUCACUGUUCCCGGUAUGAUGGUUGGUUGUUCACCAUACAGUACAAUACUUCAAUCAUCACUUAAAUGUUUCUAUAGCCAAUCAUGUAUACAGCAACUGCAAAUAUUUAUCCAUGGUUUCUCAUCAGUUUCACCACUUUCAUCAUCUCUUUUUCAACCAAAUACAACAGUUGAAUAUCUUUUGAAUGAAUUAUUUAUUGAAUCAUGGAAUGAAAAACGAAAUUUUGAUAAUUAUUUUAACAGUUGUUCUCCGCUUUCAUGCACUUAUACAUAUGAUCGACGAUUUAAUCUUCUUUAUAUAAUUAUGACCAUAAUUGGUCUUUUUAGUGGUGCACAGAUGGCUAUGUUUCUUAUUGCUCCAUUUAUUGUUAAUAUCAUACGACGAUGUCAAAAGUGUAAACAUCAGUCUAACACAACUGAGAAUCUAUCAAAUGAAAUUGAACUUGAAACAAAUUCCAAUCAAAGUUUAAAAGAUCGUUUAAUGUCUCUUGUGAAACUAAUAAAGAUGAAACUACUUACAUUAAAUAUGUUUCCAUACUUAUCUGAGAUUACUGAUGGUAUUUAUUCUACACGUGUCUAUUUGCUAACAUUUGUUGUUGGAAUAAUUAUUUUAGUAUUUUAUGCAUCAAUCUCUGUUCAAAUACGAAGUAUCACUGUAUAUCAACCAUCAUUAAAUAAAUAUGAACAAUUGUAUAGACGAUAUUCACGAACACUUGUGUGUCCAUGUACUCGUCUCUCUAUCCCAUACUCAUCAAUCAUAGAUAUAGUGCCUCAUUAUCAUCAAGUGUGUUCAAGUGAUUUCAUUAAAGAUGAUGCCUGGUUGCUCUACUUUACAGGAACUUUUCCUUCUUUUCACACUUUUGAUUUCCGUGGUAUAGGUAUGGAAUUGUUUUCUUUACUUCAAACAUUAUGUCGAAUGUCAAAUGAGACAGUGAUAAAUGAACUAUUUGUUUUUAAUCAUAUGGAAUUUAUUAGUAGUCAGGUAGUGGCAUUUGAUCUAUUCGAAAUACAAACAUCUGCACUCAUUCGUCAAUUUCAACAACAGACUGUCGAUUCUUUUCUUGGCCUAUUUGAACUUGUUCGUGCUUUGAUUCAACUAAACCAAUUUAUUGUUGUGGGCAGCACGAAUGCUGAAAUAUAUCAUUCAAACGAUAAUAAUAAUACAAUGCAUUACUUUAAAUCAACACAAAGCUAUGAUAACGACUGCUCAUGUGGCAAAAGUACCUCUUGUACACGUCCUCAAGGAUUUUAUUGCACAAAAAGAAAUUGUAAGGGUAACUCAGCUAAACCAAAUCACACGAUUCCUAGCAUGGUGCUAAGUUGUCUACCUGUCGAUUCACUUCUUGCAUCUUCACUUCAAUGCCUCUACAAUACAUCAUGUCUGCAAAUGAUAAUUAGAGGGCGUUCGUUUGAAACUAACGCUUCAAAGAUAGAUCCACGUGCUGCUAAUAUUACACCGCUCAAUCCUCGAUUUGAUCGUCGUUCUUCACCUAAUACUACAUUGGAUAACAUUGUUUCCCGGUUAUUUAUUGAAGAUUGGACAAACACAACUAAUUUUAGUUCAUAUUAUCAUCAAUGUGCACCAGAUGAAUGUACUUAUACUUAUGAACAACGUUUCAAUCGAGUUUAUAUUGUUGCAACUGUAUGUGGGAUAAUUGGUGGUCUUUCUGUUGCACUUAAAAUAUUCAUUCCUCUUCUUGUAACACUACUUCAACCAAUAUAUCAUGUUUGUCGCAGACGACGUUUGGUUCAAGUUCCAACUGAAGUCACUGUAGAAACAAAACAACUACAAACAGCAGAUCAAAUAUUAGUUGAACAACGUCAACAAAUAGCUACUCGAUUCUACGUUAUCUUCGUACUCAUAGCACUACUUGUGAUUAUAAUAUUUAGUGCUCUUAAUUUACAAAUACAUCUUAUUACGAUAUCAACACCGACACUAUCUACCUUUGAGUCUCUUCAAGAUCAAUACCCAUCAUCCCUUUCAUGUCCAUGUUCACAAAUUACAAUACAGUAUUCAACUUUUGCUACAGUUGAACCAAAAAAUUAUCAUCAAGUGUGUUCAAGUUAUUUUAUUACACCAGAUUUUAUCAGUUUGCUUUGGGGUUCAGAUGAAGCAAAUGCAUUUCUCUUCGAUCUUGAUAGAAAAAUCUUAAGUACAGAAUUUCGGCUGUUAUCAACAUUGUGUUCUCUUGCAAUAAAUACUACUCGCCAACACAUUAAAAUGUUUUCUUCUCGAGAACUGAUAAGCGUGGAAACAUUAACACGUCAUUCAUUUCAAACUCAAAUCAAUUCGAUUAUGAACAGUUUUAUUGUUGAAACACCAGCUAGGUUUCGAAGAAUACAUAAAUAUAUCAUAGAGAUGUUUCGUGCCAAUCAACUGCCGAGUAUGUUCUUAACAAAUUGGAAUCUUCGUUCGCCAAGUCUCAAAGAUGGAUAUUAUAUGUUAACAAGUCCAGCAUUAUACAAUGAAAGUGGUCUUGUUAUUGGUUGUUUACCUGCUUACGGUCUUCGCCUUUCGACACUUGAAUGUUUUUACAACUCAACAUGCUUGGAGAGAUUAGCUACUUUUCUUAAUAGUUCAUAUGUUCUACCACCUCUUAAUAUUUCCUUAUAUUCUCGUUUUACACCAAUAUCAUCAACAACAAUUGGAACAUUGAUUGAUGAACUAUUUAUUGAAACAUGGUAUAAUACAAGUAAUUAUUCCAGUUAUUUUUCUAGUUGUACACCAUUAACAUGUCACUAUAGCUAUGAGAAAAGAAAUAGUGUAUUAUAUAUGAUAAUAACAUAUUUGGGAUUAUUUGGUGGAUUAACUGUUGGACUGAAAUAUGUUGUUUGGUAUGGUUUAUGUUUGUAUUGGAAAGUACGUCAAUUGUGUACUAAUGUUCGAAAUCGAAUUGAACCUAUAAAUAUUAAUGAUUGA